AUGAAUCAAACAUGCAGACAGCUGGCCAUCGUGGCCGCCCUAGGAUCCUUUGUUAGUGUCCUUUUCAUCCUCUACACUGUCCGCCACCAAACACUCGACGGCCUCCUCAACCAAUACGCACCUUCUCCUUCCACCUCCUCCAAUAAUAACCGCACCACCAACACCACUCAACCAUUUACACCAAAGGUCAACGUCCCCAAGAGUGAAUGGGACCCAGAACAAAAGUACCUCGUCUACCUCCCGUUCGAGGGAAUCUCCAACCAGUUCUACUCCUUCCAGAAUGCCGCCACCAUGGCCAAGCGUCUCAACCGCACCCUUGUCGUCCCUCCCAUCACCUCCAACCGACAUGAUCGUCUGGGCACCAACCAACCCUGGAGCCACUACAUGGAUCUCGAACACAUGGCCUCUCACUCUGGAAUCAAGGUCGUCGAAUGGCACAACAUCAAGACGAUCGACGCCGAGUCCCGCAAGGCCAUGGAAGGGGGUUCAAGAGUCAACUUUCCGGAACCCUGGAAGGCCCGGGCGGAACGGUUUCCCUGCCAAGUGAUCCGGAAUUAUGGACACGACUACUUUGUUGGCGAGGAGGACUCGAUCGGCGCCGACUUUGCAUACCAGUAUCUUCUGAACCUGGACCCAAUCCCCGUUCCAGGGUUCGGACCCACCGACACAGUGACCUAUGUUCAGGAUAUCUUGGACGCCAACCAAAACUCGACCGAGAAUGUCAUCUGCUUUACCUUCACCUUCACUGCCCAGUUUCAACGCAACAAGAACCGAUGGGAUAUUGGAUGGGAGGAAGCAGGAAAAUACCUCCGGUUCUUACCCAGGUUCGCCUCCUAUGUCGAGGACUUGAUCGCCUACCGGUUCGGACUCUUGGAGGAUUUACAUAUCCACCCACACCCGCCUCUGGAUCUCGGAAACUCUAUCCUCGACAAGGGCGACUCGUCUGAGACCUUUUUGUCCAGGAAGCCCGACUUUCCAGAAUACAUCGCCAUCCACUUGCGACGUGGAGACAUCGAAGCCAAAUGCGUCAACCAACCCAAGGGCGACUGCAUCGUCCCCCUCUCAGAGUACAAGAGCCAUGUCGACGCCAUCCUCGCCACCAUCCCCAAGGACAAGACCCCACCCAACGUAGUCCUCGUCUCAGACACACAAUCGGCAGAGGAAAAGGCAAACAUCGACGGCUACGGAUGGUACCGUCUCGAUCACUCAAUUGACGAAAAUCUGGUCGAUGCCUCCAAGGUUCUCGGCCCCUUCAGCCCAGCUCUCAUCGACUCUGCAGUCCUGACAGGACGAGGCGCACGCUGGGUCAUUGGAAGUCGUCGUUCGACCAUGUCCUGGCUGGCCGCCAUGCGCAUCACAAGCUGGAACAACAUGACUAUUAUAUACCCAAUGCAGACUGCUCAAGAGGAGGCCCAGGAAAAGGCCACAGGAUUCAAUGCUUCUGCGCCCCUCAACCUUGCAGCAGGCACUCGUUCAAAUCGUCGCUCCACGGAAUCUCCCUAUCGCAGCAAGAGGCGGUACUAUAGUGGUGGUGACGGCGAGGAGGAAGAGGACUAUGUAUUUACUUGGGAUAGACACGAACAUCAUUAUUUCCAAAUGGCCGGACCCUCUUAUAAAUAA